AUGGUUACUGCAACAGCCUAUGCUUGUGGUGAGAGUGGCACCUUGCAGCUGUCGUGCGUGGAGGGAAAGACGCUCCUGAUCUUGGACGCCAACUACGGCCGCACGUCGACCGACCACGCCUGCCCUUGCUCCACCUGUCGCGCCGACUGCCGGGCAGUCAACAGCUUGUCAGUGGUGCGGAGCGCCUGCCAGGGCAAACGGCAGUGCGCCGUGCGGGCCGCAUACUCCAUUUUCGGUGAAGACCCCUGCUGGGGUGUGCAGAAGUACUUGGAGGCGUCAUACCGCUGUAUCACAGAAAGUAACGUUGCCCUUGGUAAGACAACAACAGCAAGCUCUCAUCCUUCACUUUGGGGACCGGAAAAGGCCGUGGACGGCUUCAGAGGGACGGCCGUUUCCUGGUACAACCAGUGUCUUCACACCAACCAAGUGUAUCAGCCGUGGUGGAAGGUGGACCUGGGGGCUGGGGAUCCCUACACCGUUAACCGGGUCAGUGUUCUGAACAGGGGGGACUGCUGCGGAGAUCGACUGCGAAACUUCCAGGUUCGAGUAGGCCCGAACGAGAACUUCGCCCAGAAUGACCAGUGUGGGGAGACUUACACGGCACGUCCGGCCAAUGGAGCGACCAUCGUGGUGUACUGCGACCAGCCCAUGUCCGGCCGUUAUGUGUCCAUUCAGGUGAUGGGGCGGUCCGAAUAUCUGCAAAUCUGCGACGUAGAGGUCUUCGCUGAAACAGCUGAUGGUCCCAAGUCGUGGCGCGAUGAUCUCCGCUGCGGACAGCACUACCAUGCAGAAAACGGCCAGCCUGCCGAGUGCGACCCUGACGGUGUGCUCCCGUGCUGCUCAACCGCCGCCUGGUGUGGCAACACCGUACACCACUGUAACUGCCGUGGUUGUGUCGACUACAGAAACACACUGGCAGGCCACAAUCAUCCCACAACGUGCGCUGAAGCUAAAUCUCUACGCUCCAAUGCCAACGACGGCGAGUACACACUUUACCCUUUUUCGACGAACAGUGAUGUAUCCCUCCGCGUUUAUUGCCACGACAUGGCAUCGGAGAAUCCCAAAGAGUUCCUGACCCUACCAUCCGGUCCUGAUGAAAACUAUGCCAUUUUCUCUGGCGAUCGCCUAGUCGGCGCAAGGCUAUGGCAAUGCACCGGCCCAUUACAGGGUCCAUGGGAUAAACGCGGGACCACGAAGUUCAGCAAGCUCAGAAUCCAGUUUGAUACGUCCAGGAUCGAAGUUAUCGGAGAUGACUACACCUUUGCUCAAACCACUGGGCCCAAUGAUGUUGCUUACGGACAAGCAGGCGACUGUUAUUCAGCGAAACAGGGAUGUGCGAAGGGAACGUUCAAAGUGGAUCUGACUGGGACGGGACUUGCGCUGGCACCAGAAGUCCACUGGGUCAUGGGGCAUCACUAUCCAGCAUCUCUGACCAUCAACGACAUGUUUGUCUCGGAGGAUAGAAAGGUUGCCUCUGCCCGAUGUGGUGGAUGGUGUGGCUACUGCUGGCCCGAAGGAAGGAAAAUAUAUCUGACACCCUCACAAGGGUAGUCGGCUGGAGGAUCGCAGCUGUGCUCCACAGUUUAAAGUUGAACCUGUGACCAUUUGACCGAGCUGUCAACAAUGGAGCUCAAUGGAGAAACACAUCUGCUGGUGUGAAUGUGUGUGUCAUGUUUUGACAAGAACUUUAUGUUCGCCGGCGUUUCUUUGAUCCCUUGUUUAUGGAUUCAAAGUUAAGAUAACAAACAAGUUUACGUGAUGGUUUGUUGGUUUUCAUGAUGUUCGAUUUUGGUUUAUCACAGUGUAUGUUUUGCAUAUAAUUCGCACAAGCCUUCCCCAUAUAUGAAUUUGUGUGCUUUAACUAAUACUAGUAUUAUUAAAUAGCCAGGCGCGGACCAUUCAGAAGGCCCCGUUCCACGUUUGUUAUGACGCCGUAACACAUAGAUUCCGGUCAGGCCGGUGUGCAUCGCUCCUUCUAGUGCCGGUGUCGAUUCAUUCUGACCAAUCAGAAGGAGUGAUACACACAAGAAAGUAAGGGAUAUGCAGGCAUUGGCCAAUCAAAAGGAACGAAACAUAUGCCAGAGCAGAGGGAAUAAAUACAGACUGCAAGGGGGAAUGGCUCCUUCUGUUAACAUUGAUAAUGAGUUUUGUUGUUCUAAAAAGGCUGCAAUGUUUCUAAUAUUUUCUGUUUAGAUUUUGGUUUCAAAUUGUAAUCUGUAAUUUUCUUACAAAUGUAUGUACCAAAGAACAAAUGUUAAUGUUCAGAAAUU